UCCAGAUAUUGUUAAAUGAAAAACAUUGGACACAAAACAACAUCGACCACCUUAAAUAUCAGGUAUUUUAGACGUGAGGAGAGGAAGGAGAGCAGCACCACAACACCAGCUACAGGUACCACCAUGGUUCGAGGUACGUUGAACACUAUGGAAGAUCUAAGACUCUCUGGGUUUGGUUGUCACUUGCCCAGGCAUGGACUCAAGCUCCUGUUUUGGUUCGCCAAGAAUUACAUCGACUUUGAUAUCAUGGGUGAAAUGGUUGCAAGAUACAACCCCAACGAGGGGGGCUUUGAUUUCCAUCCCUUCCAGAACAGACCGGAGUGGGACUACAGCAAUGUGACCACAACUAUAGCUGUAAUUACCUGCAAUUUUCUGCUCCCCGAUAAUGUCCACCCAUACUAUAUAGUGGGCAACCUGAAUCUGGAAGAAUCCAAUUGCCUUCCUCAGUAUGUGAGAAAAGACUUUACUGGUGACCAAGACGACAGUAACAUGGACCGCCUCAUCAUCAGUCUGCGUCCAGACGGGACUGUGGAUAAGGUUUAUGUGACCCAGCAUGACGAUGACGGUCUGAGUUUUGACCCUGACAACACCUACCGUGUCACCAGGGGUCUGCUCAGGGACAUCCGUGGCCUAAAGCUGCGUAAGUUCCUGAAACAGGCAGGCUAUAGCAACCGCCAGCCAAUCAUGCACAUAAAUGAUUAUGAGGACCUUCUGAGUUAUUUUGAAGACUUAUUGAGACUGUAGUGUAGUACAGAGCUCUUUAACCAUGAUUCCACUGUUAAUCUGAUUCUGACGUGAAAGGACAGGACAGGAAAACAGCAGUAUAGUUUUGCUUAGCCUUUUUCAAUGUGUAUUAUGUAGGUAACUGAUUGUAUUUUCAUUGUAUGCUGUUGUAACCCCCUCCUGUCUUGUUCAUUGUUUUGUCCUUUAGCUUUUUCAUGAUGAAAUCGAUUUUUGAAAAACAAAAAAGAUCUAUUUAGCAUUACUAUGCAUUACUAAGCUCAUGCAAAUCCAAUGUUAUGAAUAGUGCCUCUUGACUCUACCAUAAUACCUUUCUGUAAAAAAAAAUCUGUGCAGUAAAACUGUUUUUCCUGUGUUUUGUAUAAUUUUGUACAACAGCAGAUUAAACUAACACUGUAAACAAAAAA